GUUAUCUGUGAUUAGUUACAAAAUUAAAAAAAAAACUUAUGGGAUUACCAACAUGAGUACGUUAAUUGGUAUUUCCCAUUGUUUGGGUUGGUGUUACGUGUUUUGACACCUCAAAAAUUAUUGUUUGGUAACCCGUUCAAAAUGUAAAUAAUAAUGGGAACGUUUUAGAUACUUAAGAAGUGCAAAUUAGUGUGAUAAAUUGUCAGUAGAACAGUGAAACCAUUUAACCCAAAAUGAAUCCAGUUUAUGAUUUUAUUCAGAGAAAUAGAGUCCUGGCCAAAAUUGAAAAGGCUCAUUCUGUCAGAGCACCAAAUCUAGCAUUGGUUGAUUUCGAUUUAACUAACUUUCCUGAUAUUUUACUGCAUUGUCAUGAGCUGCACUCCCUUAAAAUUGGCCACAAUAAACUGACACAGUUACCCACCAACUUUGGGAACCUCAAAAAUAUCCAGCACUUAUCUCUGGAAUACAACAGGCUAAAUAAAUUUCCGGAAGUAUUGAAAGAUUUACAUCAACUCAAGACAUUAAAUAUUAGUAAUAACCCUGUACAAGAUUUAACUAGUAUCAUUGGAAGUUUAAGCUCACUUGAAGUUCUAUGGUGUAACAACUGUUGCUUGAGAACAUUUCCACCUGAAAUAGGUCAUUUAAAUAAACUUGACACAUUGGGAGCAAGGCAUAAUAAGAUAUUUAGUUUGCCUGAUGACGUAUGUAAUUUAGAAAAUUUGAGGUGGUUAACAUUAGAGAAUAACAAGUUGUCCACACUUCCUACAGACUUUGGAAAAUUGCAAAUGCUCAUACACUUGAAUCUCAACAAAAACAAUUUUAGCCAUCUUUGUAUUUGUUUCACCCAGAUGAAGAGUCUCAAGUAUCUACAUAUGCAAAGCAAUGAGUUGUUCUCAAUACAUGAAACAUUUUUGCCCAGAUUAACUCACAUAAAAAUUAAUCUUUUAAAGAACCCUUUGACUUCAAUUGAUGAAGGUAUUGAUACGAUGUUUCCCAAUUUAAUUUUACCUGGAAAGGAAAGACGUAUGACGGAAGACGUUUCAUCAGAUUCAGAUUCUUCGUCUGAUGAUUGGGAACAUAGCAUAGACAGUUCUGAUUUGAAUUACUCAGCAACUGAAUCAGAUAGUGAUGAUGAAGAAAUACUUGUGGAAAUACCAAAAUUGUCAAAAUAUCUUGUUACAUUUUAAAAAUUAAGUCAUAUGUGUAUAUAAUUUUUGUAUAUAAAAAACAGUUGUUCAAAUCUGUAAA